CACGGUUGGUAAAGGCCACCGUUCCUCCGGUGAACAGUGAACGGGCUGGACUUGCAACAUUGCUCCUCACCGGAUUCCAGUGCACCAUGCCGGCGAAGAGUGAUAAAAAUCUAUUGAAUAUUCAGUCAAGUGAGAAAUGCCUUACCACAUUGCUUCCUUCAUUGGCAUUGUCCUGCAAACGAGUGCAAACGACGACGACAACGAUGCAAGGACGGAGAUCAAACUGAAAAUUGUUGGAAAGUGAACAGUUUCAAGGGUGAAAACACACAGAGCUAAGGCCAGGAUCCUUAAAAAAAGAAUUGCCACUACUAUAAAGUGAAGAAUGCUCCAUGAAGAAUGAUGGGAGUGUAGGAGGAAAAUCAUUGGCAAUUUUCUAGCUAAACUGUACAAAACCCAGUAGAAGUAAGAGCGGAAGAAAAUGACAAUGUCAACAAUAGUCUGUUGCUGCACCCCGCCGGUUUCCGUACCGAUUGCAUCAGUGUUAGAAACUUCAAAAAACUUAUCUUAAUUUGAAAGUGAUUUUCUUCUCUUACAUAAUUCAUCGUACCCACCCCACCAAAUCAACCCAAACAAAAACGAAAAAAAUACGGACGUGGGGAGGUGAGGAAAAACGAUUACGCUUCUGCCACACCGCAGCGGAAGUUGAUGGUGGAAUAGUGUGCUUCAGCAACUUCUUUCCGGAAGUCUGACACGGUGCUACAUCCUUACCGAGGGAAAGGAUAACAACCCUGGAUCGUCCCAGUUGAAGAGAAAACUUUCCUGCCACCACGCCGCCUUCCUCAAACUCUAGCGACCUGUAUACUUUUCGCAGCUUGUACAUAGUAGAACGUCCUGUUUUUGUUCAUGGUUCGAGUAUAUGUGUAAAUAGGCAUUUUUUUUAGUUCGACACAACAUAGAAGCGUGUAGGUAAGCCGGGAAAAACACUCAGACACACUGCAGCAUCCCGAUAAACAGUGCUCUGAAAACGAGGCUUCAAGUGUACGCCUCUCCCCUUUCAGGUCAGUACCGACCGACCAGCGCUACUCGUUCUUUAUCGUGUGGACAAACUUUUGCUGGAGAUAGACCAGUAGUUUAGUGCUGUUAUUUCUAAACAGUAUAGCAACAAUAUUAUUUUACAUCGGUUACAUAUUUUCUCUCAACUCCUUCCACCAUUAUUGUGAAGUGAAAAAAAAGAAGACUGAAGAUUCUGCAGGUUUUCAGAACAGAAGCGUCUAAUGUCAAGCAUAGCUACACGGCAGGCGAGCAGGAGUGAAACUGUAUAUAGUGCAGAAGUAUGCUCACGGGAAACCGGAAGCGAUAACGGUUGCAUGAACUACUUGUGAAGAGUUCUGCAAGAAAGAACACUCGACGAAUAAUAAAAAAAAAAAAAAGUUCAACGAUUCAAGUGGGUUAUUCGCAAAAGAAGUGCGCGGAACGAAGACACAUUGCGGAGCCCGACGAAAUGCGGCAAUAUAGCUACAACUUCAACUCCAGGAUGAGCACAUUCAAAUUGACAAUGACGAAGACGUACAUACUCUGCAUUCUAUGGAUGGCUGUCUUCCUCGACAUGAGCGAUACAGUUAACGGUUCGCAACGAGAAGCCUCCAAACAACAGCCCCAGCAAACGACCACGAAGGACGCAGCGAGCCAAGUAAAUCUUCCCGGCAGCAGUAGGAAUAGCAACGUCGAUGCCACAGACGCCACCCGGACCGGACCGUACUUUGAUCUGUCGGCGUCGAAAAACGUAACCGCCCUGCUGGGGAAAACGGCGUAUCUCAACUGCAGAGUGAAAAAUUUAGGCAACAAAACGAUGUUGCUGCAAGUGUCUUGGGUAAGGCACCGGGACAUUCAUCUGCUCACCGUCGGUCGCUACACAUACACCUCCGAUCAACGCUUUCGGGCGAUACAUCAUCCACACACAGAAGACUGGAGCCUGCAGAUCAAGUAUCCGCAGCACCGAGACUCUGGCAUAUACGAGUGUCAGAUCUCGACUACGCCACACAUGAGCCAUUUCGUGCAUCUGAACGUAAUAGAGCCUUCGACGGAAAUAAUUGGAGCGCCGGAUCUGUACAUCGAAAGCGGAUCGACGAUAAAUUUGACGUGCGUUGUAAAAGACUCCCCCGAGCCACCGGCCUACAUUUUCUGGAAUCAUAACAACGUGAUUAUCAGUUAUGACUCACCACGAGGUGGCGUCUCAGUCAUUACGGAGAAAGGUGACACGACCACGUCGUUCCUGCUCAUCCAGAAUGCUAGACCGUCUGAUUCUGGACAGUAUACCUGCAAUCCGUCCAAUGCCAAAAGCAAAAGUGUCACCGUGCACGUGCUGAAUGGUGUUUCCCAUUCUGUUUCCAGGGGAGUUCCCAGCAGCAAUGCAGCGCGCGGGCCAACCGCAUCAUCGCACGCCCCAGCAUCAUCAGCUGUCGGUAUUUCUGUCUGUUUUUAUCUCAUCGCUAGUGUGCUACAGGCUGGUCAUCGGACGCGGAAUGCUUGCCCCGACGUAGCUAUUUUUCUAGACGCCUACGCAACCUUAGUCCUUAGACCGUUUCUGUUACUAACGCACACAAUCUAUCGAAUACUGAUCAAUCAAAUUACGAAAACCAAUCAUCGCCUAGCGUGUAACUUCGGUAGCAGCAUACGAGCGCCAUCGGCCCUAGUGGCGAUGCUGGUGGUUUUGUUUCAACAGCUGCUCCUGCUACUAGAAAAACCAUUAUUACCCCAAUCCCUGCAGCAAACCACUUCUUCCCUGCCGCAACGGUGGCAGCAUAACCACUGUCGGAGGAUAUCGAACCUAAGGUUGUUGUCACUGGUGGAGCCCGUCCUUCCGCGACGGACACUGGAAACGAUAACUCGAAUACUCCGAGCGGUGCUACUUAAUCUUAACGGACACACAUUCGAGUUUGUGUUGAAUCACUUGUGGAAUCAAAGGUUCGCAGUUAGAUGAGAAAAUUUUAAUCUGUAGGUUAAUCAAUCAUGAUGGUUAUUGUAAAUUCAACAUUGACUAAACAAAAUAUAAUGCAAGAGAAACUUAUAAAUAAAAUGAAUAAAUGAAAUCUAGACUAAGGUGAUCUGUUAUGAAUAAGCUUUAGGUAUCUAUGACUAGAAUCAAUGAAUGAGUUAAUAAAAUUUCAAAUUCAUUUUCCAAAGGAAAGCAGCUAAACGAAAAGUGGGCGGUAUAUUCUGAAAGAACGAAUACUGUAUUAAUUUUUAAAACCACGUUGAAACGUUAUGGUAAAAGAGUAUUGGUAUUUGAGUGAUAUUUUCAUAUUAAAAUUAUGACGAAGGAAAACAAAACCCGAGAAAAUAUAAUGAACUAUGAGAAAUACCAUAAAACAAUAUAUGAUAAAUGAAUGUACAAAAUUAUGGACAGUAUAUAAA